CAGCCCAAGCAAAACACAUCCGAGGAAUUGUCCGCCUGUGUUGUUUUUAUUAGUUAAUAGUAUUUUAUAUCUUAAAAAUGAAACGAUUGAGUGAAGAGCGCACCAAGAUCCUCUUUGAGAAAUUGUCCAAAUACAUUGGAACAAACGUGAAACAACUCAUUGACCGCGCCGACGGAACCUACUGCUUUAGGGAGCAUCGCGAUCGGGUUUACUAUGUAUCGGAGCGCAUACUUAAGUUGAGCGAGUGCUUUAGCCAGAAACAAUUCGCCUGCGUCGGGACGUGCUUUGGGAAAUUCUCCAAGACCAAUAAAUUGAAGCUGCACAUAACGGCGCUUUCGUUCAUUGCGCCCUACGCUCAAUACAAAGUGUGGGUGAAGCCUUCGUUUGAGCAACAGUUCCUCUAUGGCAACCACAUACCCAAAUCCGGGUUAGGACGCAUUACCGAAAAUGCAGCGCAGUAUCAGGGCGUUGUAGUAUACUCUAUGAAUGAUUUGCCGCUGGGCUUCGGUGUCCUCGCCCGUUCCACCACUGACUGUAAAUCCGCAGAUCCGCUGACCACAGUUUGUUUCCAUCAAUCGGAUAUAGGAGAAUACAUACGGGCGGAGGACUCGCUGUUUUAGGUUAAUAUUCGACGUGCUUAAGACUUGUAUAUUAAAGAAUUAUUUCAUACACUAAAAUAC